AUGAGCGGAGACAAUGAAGAUUCCGAGUCUCCGAUGAGUUGCGCAAUCGCGCCAAAGAAUCCAAGACUCAAAGUGAAUAAGCCUGAUCUUCUCCAAUGCUUCUGUGGUGCUGCCUGCCAUUCUUCUGCUCUCAGAUGCUGGGAUACCCCAAAGAGCCUCGAAAUGAGCCCAAGACGGCAGUGCUCUCUGUUGCUGCCUGUCCGUGAUAACGUUUACAGGCAACCUGCUCCGUGGGCAGGCUCCGGGCAGUACGGCAGCUGUAUUGUUACAUGUUCUCGCGCUUAUGAGAAUUCAAAGAAAUACGAAGGUGUCACAACAAUCAAUGACUCGUUGAUGUCCCGAGACUAG